ACACGUACUACUCCACCCUCUAUUUAAGGGCUUCCGCACGCACUGACACCCUACAGAAGCAGCGACUUCGUACUCGGUGCCGUGAAAGCCAUGAAGCCUCUGCUUCUCCUCUUCUCCUUCCUCCUACUCCUCCCCCUCCCAGCGCUCGGUGACUGCGGGUGCACCCGGGACGCCGAGAGCCACAGCACGACCAAGGCGUCUCAUCUAAAGUUGGUAGCCAUCGCUUCCAUCUUAACUGCGGGCGCCGUCGGAGUUCUCAUUCCCAUCCUGGGGAGGGCGGUUUCCGCUCUGCGACCUGAGAACGACAUGUUCUUUGUGAUCAAGGCCUUUGCGGCCGGAGUCAUACUUGCGACGGGGCUAAUACACAUCCUCCCCGCCGCAUUCCAGAGCUUGACGUCGCCGUGCCUCGACGAGCACCCGUGGCAGGAUUUCCCGGUCACGGGGUUCGUGGUCAUGUCGUCGGCACUGGGGACGAUGAUGAUCGACUCCUUCGCCACCAGCUACUACAAGAGGUCUCACUUCAGCAAGGCAAGACCGGUCGAGGAGGAUGACGAGGCCGGGCAGGGGUCCUCGGGAGACCAUGCUCACGUCGACACCCACCGCUCCCACGGACACGCGCAUGCCUCCGCAGCAGCGGCGACGGAGGCGGCCUCGCUUUCUGAGAGGAUUCGGCAGCAAGUCAUCUCCCAAGUUCUGGAGCUGGGAAUUCUGGUCCAUUCGGUGAUCAUUGGGAUUUCCUUGGGUGCCUCUCAAAGUCCCUCCACCAUAAGGCCAUUGGUGGGAGCCUUGAGCUUCCAUCAGUUCUUUGAAGGGAUAGGGCUCGGCGGCUGCAUAGUUCAGGCAAACUUUAGAGCCAAGUCGAGCAUGAUGAUGGCGGUCUUCUUCUCCCUCACGGCUCCCAUCGGCAUCGCGGUGGGCACCGCGAUAUCCUUCGUCUACGACGAGACGAGUUCCACGGCGCUCAUCGUCGAGGGCGUCUUCAACGCUGCCUCUGCGGGUAUCCUCGUUUACAUGUCUCUUGUCGAUCUGCUGGCGGCGGACUUCACGAACCCCCGGAUGCAGAGCAAUGGCAGGCUUCAGCUGGGAGCACACCUUGCUCUUGUUGUAGGUGCAGGUUUGAUGUCCCUCCUCGCCAAAUGGGCGUAGAAUCUUCAAGAAGAUCACCGGGGCGGCAAAGGAAAGAUCAGAUUUGAUGGUUGCAUGGCACCAGCGUGGAACUGUUUGUUAUCUCAAUAGAUUUGUCAUAAUAUGUUGUUGUUGGUA